AUGCAGACGCAGACCAAUGGAGAUGCAGAACAGCCCGAGACCACUGUUGAAAGAAUCACAAAUGGGAAGAGGUUCAAGAGGUGGUCCGAUCUCAACCCACAUCAGACAACGCAUACUGGGCAAAAGCCAUGUCUGUGUACUACGUGUGGAAAGGGUUUCAAAACCAGUGCACAACUCACUAUCCAUCAGAGAACACAUACUGGAGAAAAGCCAUAUCACUGCUCAGAUUGUGGAAAGACUUUUGCCUAUGCAUCAAAUUUCAAGAACCAUCAGAGGAUCCAUACAGGAGAAAUGCCAUAUCAGUGUUCAGAUUGUGGAAAGUCUUUUAUUCAGUUGGCUAAUCUCAAGACACACCAGAGAACACAUACUGGAGAAAAGCCAUAUAGCUGCUCAGACUGUGGAAAGACUUUUGCCCAGGCAUUGAGUCUCACGUUACAUCAGAGGAUCCAUACUGCAGAAAAGCCAUAUCAGUGUUCAGAGUGUGGAAAGACUUUCAGAGCAAGCUAUACUCUUACUGUCCACAAGAGAACACAUACUGGAGAAAAGCCAUAUCAGUGUUCAGAGUGUGGAAAGACUUUUAUAAAUUCAAGUCAGCUCAAGGUACACCAGAGGACGCAUACUGGAGAAAAACCAUACCGCUGCUCAGAUUGUGGAAAGACGUUUACUCAGUCGUCUCAUCUCAAGACACACCAGAAAAUCCAUACCGGGAUAAAGUCUCAUAACUGUUCAGAUUGUGGAAAGACUUUUGUAACUUCAGGUAACCUCAAGAUUCAUCAGAGGAUCCAUACAGGAGAAAAGCCAUAUCUGUGCACUACAUGUGGUCAGUCUUUCAAACGAUCCCAUCAUCUCAAGACAUACCAGAGGAUGCAUACAGGAGAAAAGCCAUACCAGUGUUCAGAGUGUGGAAAGACGUUUACUCAGUCGUCUCAUCUCAAGACACACCAGAAAAUCCAUACCGGGAUAAAGUCUCAUAACUGUUCAGAUUGUGGAAAGACUUUUGUAACUUCAGGUAACCUCAAGAUUCAUCAGAGGAUCCAUACAGGAGAAAAGCCAUAUCUGUGCACUACAUGUGGUCAGUCUUUCAAACGAUCCCAUCAUCUCAAGACAUACCAGAGGAUGCAUACAGGAGAAAAGCCAUACCAGUGUUCAGAGUGUGGAAAGACUUUUAUGACUUCCGGUACCCUGAAGAUUCACCAGAGGAUCCAUACUGGGGAAAAGCCAUAUCUGUGCACUACAUGUGGUAAGUCUUUCAAUCAAACCAUUCAUCUCAAGACACACCUGAAGAUUCAUACAGGGGAAAAGCCAUAUCAGUACACAACAUGUGGUAAGUCAUUCAGUCAAAGCAGUACUCUCAAGAGACACCAGAGAAUCCAUACUUGGUAG